AUGAUCUCCUGCUAUAUUUCCGGCAUCAUUGCCUUUAGACUCCUCUAUGGCAUUCCGGUGAAGCCGUCGACCCUCGGCUCCCACCUCGCUGCAAUCUAUUUCAUUCCCAUUGUUGCCACCUCUGGCGGUCUGAUGUAUGCUUUGCUCGCCGCCAAUAUUGUAGGGUAUACCAAGAAUACUGUAACGGGCACUUUGUUCUUCUCGGCUUACUAUGUGGCUAAAAUCGUUUCGCCUCAUACGUUCCUCGCGUCGGAGGCGCCGAAGUAA